GUGGGUGGCGGUGAUCAGCCAUAUUGUCUCUAAAACAGCAGAAAUUACCUUCUGGCUGAGACACACCGGCGACUGAGGGAGUCGAGAACCACUGGCCUGAGAAAACUCAGCUCAUUGGGAAGUAUAUUGUUCCUCGAAUUGAUCAAGGGGCUAUUCUACCGUGCCCCUGGCGGCUGCUCACCCGGCUUCCCACAAACCCCCCUCCCCCCUCCCCCAAACCCCUUGCCCUGUUGGGAUCAACUGCCUCUGUUCCCUACCAUCCCUCCUCUUCCUCUCUCCCACCCAUCCUCCCUGCACCCCAGCUGUCCUCUACUGCAAUAAGAUCUUCCCACCAUCUUUGCCAAGCUGUCAGACAUGUCAGGACCUGUGCCAAGCCGGGCCCGAGUGUACACAGAGGUCAACACUCAUCGGCCCAGGGAGUACUGGGACUAUGAGUCCCAUGUGGUUGAAUGGGGAAACCAGGAUGAUUUUCAAUUGGUGCGGAAGCUAGGGCGUGGCAAGUACAGUGAAGUCUUUGAGGCAAUCAACAUCACCAAUAAUGAGAAAGUAGUGGUGAAGAUACUGAAGCCUGUGAAGAAAAAGAAAAUCAAGCGUGAGAUUAAGAUUUUGGAGAACCUACGUGGAGGUCCUAACAUAAUCUCCCUUGUUGAUAUUGUAAAAGACCCUGUAUCGCGGACACCCGCUUUAGUCUUUGAACAUGUCAACAACACAGACUUCAAGCAACUGUACCAAACCCUGACAGACUAUGACAUCCGGUUCUACAUGUGUGAGAUCCUCAAGGCCCUUGACUACUGCCAUAGCAUGGGAAUCAUGCAUAGAGAUGUGAAGCCACAUAACGUAAUGAUCGAUCAUGAACACCGCAAGUUGCGCCUUAUUGACUGGGGUCUGGCUGAGUUUUACCACCCAGGUCAGGAGUACAAUGUCAGAGUUGCUUCUCGCUACUUUAAAGGACCUGAGCUCCUGGUGGACUAUCAGAUGUAUGACUACAGUCUGGAUAUGUGGAGCCUUGGCUGUAUGCUGGCCAGCAUGAUCUUCAGGAAGGAACCCUUCUUCCAUGGCCAUGACAACUAUGACCAGUUGGUGAGAAUAGCCAAGGUUCUGGGAACUGAAGACCUCUACGACUACAUUGACAAGUACAACAUUGAGCUUGAACCUCGCUUCAAUGACAUCUUAGGAAGGCAUUCUCGUAAGCGGUGGGAGAGGUUUGUCCACAGUGAGAACCAGCACCUGGUCAGCCCUGAGGCUUUGGAUUUUCUGGACAAGCUCCUGCGCUAUGACCACCAAGCCCGUCUGACUGCCCAUGAGGCCAUGGAUCACCCUUACUUCUUCCCCAUUGUGAAAGAUCAGUCUCGUGUGGCCGGAUCAGCCAACCUGCCCAGUGGGAACCCAGCUGUUAGCACAGCCAGCAUGAUCACUGGUAUUUCUGCGUUGCCAGCCUCCACUGCCCUGGGCCCUCUGACUGGCUCACCGGUCCUGUCUGCUGCCACCAAUGCCCUGAGCACACCCUUACCCGCUGCUGCUGGUGCUCCACAGUGAUACCCCAUCUAAACCCACCCUCAUCCCUCUUCAUCUCUCCAGCCUCCACCACCACCCAGCUCUGGGGAAGAAACUAGACAGGUGCCACUCUGACACCCUCACCACAUCCAACCUAACUGUGACUGCACCUCACCAACCAUCUGGAUGGAGGACGCAGUCAUCUAAGAAAAGAAAGAUGCAUUUUGCAUUCCUUUUCUUCCUUGAAUGAACACGUUAACUUGACAUCUGAAAUGAAUGUUCUGUGUAAUUGAAAUAUACAGGUAUUCCUUUCAUUUUCCCACAAGCUGUAGUGUGUAGGGUGUGUGUUUGUGUCUGGUGAGUCUGAGAGUGAGUGUCAUCCGUGGCUGAUUGUAGGUGUGCCCCCAGUGUGUUACAGUUUGGAUAAUAAAGGCACUGGUCAUCAGUAGAGGGCAAAUGAAAUAAAUGUUGGCCAUCCACCAGGACCAGGACCUGAUGAAAAAACGUUUUUACCUCCCAAAAUGAGUCUUAACACCCUCCAGAUCACAGCAUUUUGGAAGUGUUUGGUGCUAGCACUUCAACACUUUCUCUGCCUGAGUAAUUGUGUGUUGCCUUUCUAACCAUUCCAAAUCACCAGUCUACUUUUUAUAAUGCAACUCCCCAUCAUGCCAUCUGUUGUUAAACUAUUGUAUUGAAAUGUUCUGGACUGCUGGAUAAGGUUUAAUUGGUUUGAUCAACUCUAGUGUUGCAUUCUAUUCUCAUAAGAAGUCAGGUAAGGUUCAUUCAGGUUCUUAAGGAAAUAGUUUCUAAAACAUGCUGCUUUCCAGGUCUUUAAUUGCUUGAAGUAACUUUUCUUGCAUUUCUUUGAGACAUAACCAAAGUUUACUUAGUUGGUUGGGAGAAGAGACUGACCAAACUUUGUUUUAUUUUGUGGGGGUUACUCAUAGUUGCCUUGAUGCAGGUUUAAAAUGUGGGUUCUGGUGAAUAAGAUGACAUGAUACAUUAAUCACCUGCAGAUGACUGACUGAAGUGCUGUAAGUGUUGUGACAUGGGUAAGCUUUGUGAUGAGCAUGUUGAGGGAAGUACUUAAGUUGAAAUGUUGAAUAGUACUUGAAUGGUAGAGUUUUGCCUAGCAUAUUAGUGUCAGAGUUUGAAAGUGUACGUUUUAAACCCUGCAAUACAUACACAUCUUUUUAUUCCGUUUCAAAACGUUAAAAUGCAAAUAAAUCAGAACAUGUAUACUUUGACCUGUGAGCAGAGUAGUUUGAGUCCCUACAUCACUGUAUAUUUUUAUGUUAUGUAGAAAAGCAGUAUUUGAAAAUAUUUGUGUAAAUAAAUGUGUUUUAUUCAUCAGGUA